AUGCUCUUUUGCUGGUUCAGCGCCGUGAAGUUGGGGAUCAGUAGAGCCAACCCUGGGCUGAACAUGAAAUCUGCCAUUGGUUUCACAGCCAUGCUCUCCUUCUCCUUGCUGGCACACACCACAUGGGGAUUACAGUGCUCGGAGAUUCAAUAUCCCCUCGGGAAGGUGAAAUGCUGUGAUUUUUGUCCACCAGAUACAUUUUUCUUCCAUUUAGGACAGCAGCUGGCAGCACGCUGUACACUCUCGACCCAAACCAGCUGUGAGCCGUGCGAAGAGAACUACUACAACAGCGACCACACCUACUCUGAUUGUAAACGUUGCACUGUCUGUGACAAAGAUAAGGGUCUCCGAGAGGUGAAGAAAUGUACAAGGGAGUCCAAUACGGUUUGUGGGCAUCUUCUGGGAAACGCACCAGCCGGUGGAGGUGCAAAUGACAAAAGAUCUGACCCCUGUCCCAGUGGAGGAGGGAAAGAGAAUUCUGGGCCUCGGAGAAAUUGCACGUCUGAAGGCCGGAAUACCCUGCAUCCUGGGACCAGGGAAGAAAAUGCACCUUGUAAUGAGCAGCCCACCGCAUCUCUGGGACCGACAGCUGUCGCACUUUCCUCAAGCCAAAGACAGGAGCAUGGUGGGCCCACUACAAAGCCCAGUUUGACUCCUUUUAGUUUGACCACUCAGCUCAACAAACACAAACCAAAGGAGGCAGGGAAUGGGCUCUUGACGAUUUCUCUGAUCUGCGUGGGGCUGCUACUUGCCAUCGGAGGGCCAGUCCUUCUUGUGCUUUUUUGGAAGGCCAAGAAAAAGAAGGCGCUGGCAAGGACUGGAAUCUUCUCUGAGGUUCCCCAUGAGGCUGAACCUCCUAAAUCGUGCGGCGCGUGCAGUUUGGGGAAAUGCUGUGAGAACAAGAGGUGCACUCAAUGCCGGCCGUUGCCAAAAUGCCAGGAAGGGGAGGAGCUACACUGUUCAGGCACGAUUGACUUCAAGUAUUCCUGCAAGCCGUGUCCCAGCGGAACCUACUCUAACACCAAGAAAGGUUGCUGCAUCCCUUGGACAGACUGCAAGAAUCUUCCAACUCUCUUCUUGGGAAACCGAACCCAUGACACGCAGUGCGGCCAGGCCCCCGGGGUGGUAGUGAAUGUCCUUCAACCAGAAUCCGUGCUGACGACGCUCUUCAUUGUUCUGACGGCAGCGGGUAUCUUUGUCCUCGUCCUCAUGACUUUCCUCUUAAUUGUCUGCACGUGGAUGCAGAAGGAGAAAUUCCCUCUGGAGGAAGAACCUGACUCGGAGAACUCGCCUAGCGUCUUCGGGUCCCAACUCCUGCAAGCUGAUACCUCCAGCUGCCCGUUCCCGGAGGAGGAACGCGGUGACAAAAUGGCGGAAGAGAAGGCCUCGUUGACGCCCUAAGGGCCAUCGGCCAAAGGCUUCGGGGCCAAUUCGCGAACGCAUCCCUCGAUAUCGCUCUUCUUGAUGACUCUCGGACGAACUGACGAAGCACCUCCGUUACGUUGGAGGCGGAACCCCGUGUCCUUGAGGUGCGUUUGUCCAGGUUGGCUCUUCCACGUGGCUUGACGUCACUUGCUCAACGGCUGUGCAGUCUCGCCUUCCCUUGCAGAAAGGGUGGGAGAAAAAAGGUUACUGGAUUGGGGUGUCAUGGCUGUUCCAACAACCCCCGCCCCUUCCUGCAACGCACGAGGAAGACGGCGAGCUGCAUCCCUUUUCUUUUCUAGACAAGAAGCAGAGACUUCCGAUGGAAAGACGGAAAAGAUAUAUUUUUAGAUAGGCCUUGCCAGCCUUUGAUUCCAAAUAAAGAGCUAGGAGGUGGAGCCAGAGAGCAAGGAGGAGUCUGGGAGAAUCAGGUGGGCAGACCCAGAAAUGGAUCUAAGAGGGUGGAGCUUGGCGGAAGCUGGCACGUUAGGAGACGAGCGUCUCCAGAGCAUGGAAUUUACUGAUUUGUCAGAACUCCGGCCCGGUUAUGUGGCAGAGUGCAGUUUUACUGACCAGAUCAAAGAUCUGUUGUGCAUUUCCAGUGCAAUCCUAAACUUAUUAAA